GUGCUGAGUUGUCUAGCCUUCAGGCUUUUUAGGUUCGUUUCAAUCUUUCAUUUCGUGGCAUCUCUUUGUCUCUGCCUGUCUGUCGCUUGUAAAACGAAACGUGCCCCAUCAGGUGGCCAGAGGCCGCUCUUUCAGUAGCCCCAGGAUACAAAAAAAAAAAAAUUUUUUCUGAAGUCUCCAAAUCCCAAUCCAA